AUAUGGCCAAUCAUCAACCUUCAAUCGUCGUGAGAGAUUACAUUGCCGACAUGGAUUACCUGGAUAUUGAGUCCUUCCGCUCCAAGUAUAGCGACAUAACCGUCACGGCCGUGCCAUCCCGCUCCAAAGCGGACGAUAAGCCAGCAGUGGCCACCGACCAGGAGACGAAAGCCAAGCAGCAUGCGCCGUGCGUGGAGAUAACGAGAGUGAAUGGAGGUGCCGCGUCAGGUAGUGGCUCCACCGCCAAUCCAGCGAUGAUGCAGCGCAACAGGCAGCAGCCAAACAGCGUCGCACUUGCCUACGCCAACGAGUACAAGGAGGUGAUGGCCAAGCUGGAGUACACCAAGUGCAUGCAGGCUCAGCUGCAAAUGAUGUCCGCUGCGAAGGGAGGGGGCAGUUCAGGUGCCUCUGGCCUCGACUGCGAUCUGUAUGGCACAUCUACAAAUCGCGAUGAGAACGCCAACAUAGUGGACAAGUACUCCGAUCUGCUCAAUGUCCUGGGGGAAAUGCGCUCCAAUUUGCCGGCCACGAUGGCGGGCUUAAGGGCUCCCAAGGAGCGCCUGCAGCGCGACAUAGCCCAAGCCAGGCUAAAAGUGCGCCAGUGCCUCCUGCUCCUGCAGCAAGGAGAGGAGGAGAGUGAUGAUACCGACUUCCAGGGCGCCCCCACCAAAGAGUGACGUCAUGACCACCAUGUACAUCUGCGCAUUGUUGACGAC